GGCGGGAAGUGCCCGGCUCGCAGUGGCCCGCUCGGCGCGGAGGGGGAGCGGCGGCGGCCGCCAUGAACGCGGAGAACCAGGGCUGCAGCGAGCGGCUGGUGACGGCGGCCUAUGUGCGCCAGGGGGCGCAGGGCCGCCGCGCGCACGAGCUGCGCCUGCGGGCGCUGCUGGAGCAGGGGAAAUGUCCUGAAGAUGGAUGGGAUGAAAGUACCAUUGAAUUGUUUCUUCAUGAACUUGCUAUAAUGGAUAGCAAUAACUUCCUGGGCAACUGUGGCGUUGGUGAAAGGGAAGGAAGAGUGGUGUCAGGGCUUGUUGCCCGAAGGCAUUACAGGUUGAUUCAUGGAAUUGGAAGAUCGGGUGAUAUUUCUGCAGUACAGCCUAAGGCUGCAGGUUCAAGCCUUUUGAACAAACUUACUAAUUCAGUAGUUCUGGAUGUUAUAAAACUGGCUGGUGUCCGGACAGUGACUGGUUGCUUUGUGGUUCCUAUGGCAACAGGCAUGAGUCUAACUCUGUGUUUUUUAACAUUGAGGCACAAGAGACCAAAGGCAAAAUACAUUAUCUGGCCUCGUAUAGACCAGAAAUCUUGCUUUAAAUCAAUGAUAACUGCAGGUUUUGAGCCUGUGGUGAUAGAAAAUGUAUUAGAAGGUGAUGAGCUACGGACAGACCUCGAAGCAGUGGAGACCAAAAUCAAGGCUCUUGGUGCUGAAAAUAUUCUUUGUGUGCAUUCUACAACAUCUUGCUUUGCUCCAAGGGUACCUGAUAGGCUGGAGGAACUGGCUGUGAUUUGUGCUAAUUAUGACAUUCCACAUAUUGUCAACAAUGCAUAUGGACUUCAGUCUUCAAAAUGUAUGCAUCUUAUCCAGCAGGGUGCUCGAGUUGGCAGAAUAGAUGCUUUUGUUCAGAGCUUGGACAAAAACUUUAUGGUUCCAGUAGGUGGUGCUAUCAUUGCUGGCUUCAGGGAGUCCUUCAUUCAGGAGAUCAGCAAAAUGUAUCCAGGAAGAGCAUCUGCAUCUCCUUCUUUAGAUGUCCUCAUUACACUUCUGUCUCUGGGAACCAGUGGCUACAAAAAGUUACUGAAAGAGAGAAAGGAGAUGUUUUUGUAUCUUUCAUGUGAGCUGAAGAAGCUGGCAGAUAACCACAAUGAGAGACUGUUAGAGACACCACAUAAUCCCAUUUCCUUAGCCAUGUCACUGAAGAAUCUAGAUGAAACUAAUGAUGCUGCUGUUACCCAGCUUGGAUCUAUGCUUUUCACAAGACAAGUUUCUGGAGCAAGCACAAAUAUGGUUAUGCUGGAUGUCAAGGGAAUAAGCUUCCGAUAUCCUACAUAACUUUUUGUAAAAUGGAAAAAAAAAUUGCUUUCUUGAACUAAUUGUGUUAAAAAUAAAAAAAUUUUAAAACUAUAACCUAAGCCAGUCUGAGCUGAAUUUAUUCUUAGAGACACUGUUACAAUGAAAUGCAAGCCAAAUAAUUUUUAAUGAUUUUGGUUUAAACCUUUUUAGAAGAAGAGAAUGAUUUAAAAUUUGUUUUGGCAGCAUCCUUAAUCUGAAUAUUACUGCUGCCAUGCUCACUUCUGCCAUAGACUUAAUGUUAUUUUUUUGUAGCAGAGCUGAAUGUUUCCACGUCAGAAGGUAUGCUUCAUUAGCUUGGAUUAUUCCACUUCCUGCACAGAUGAAUGACAGUAAAUCUAUAUGUACUGUGGCUAGAUGCUCUUUUUAAUUUGCCUGUCCUAACCUUGGCUGGUCCUGUAAUUUUAACCAUCUUUGGCUGAAAUUAUUCAAGAGUUUCAAUUUUUGAAGUUAAAACUCUGAAAUUCUUUGCCUGAUGUGAAGGUUUCAGGUUUUCCCUUUUGUUGCAUAAGUAAUUCUUCUGUAGUACACACUGUUUGACUUGGCAUUUCAACAGUUUUAAAAGUUAUGCUGGUGUUGAGCAUCAGUGGUAGGAAUAGCAACUCCCUACUUCAGUAGGAAUUUGUGUAAUCGUGUUCAAUCUAGGGUACCACAUAAAAUGUCAAGGCAUCUUUAAUUGAAUCACUAUUUUGUUUGUUU